CUGACAAUGGCCCUGGAUACACGACCUCUCCGCCUCCCUGGGCAGUUUCACCGACGUGACUCGGUGUGGGGAGUGUUACAGGCGGAGGAAGCGGCCUGUGCGAAGGCGCGGAGGUGCCCCUGAGCUGGGAGUGUUCGGGGAAGCUGGGGCUGUUGUGCCUGCGGGGAGCGGCGUUGGAGGCGGAGUCGCGGCUGGACGAGCAGGCCGAGGCUCUGGCCUCUGCCUUCUCAGGACUCUGGAAGCUGUGGAUAAUUUUAAACAGAGGAGCGACACGAAUGACGUUAGGGUUUUAAAAGCUUUCCAAAGGUGGUGGUUGGAAAAACAGGCUAAUGGAGGGUGAUGGAGACAUUGAGGCAUUAGGACGUGGAAUCUUCGAGGACACAGGGCUGGUAAGACGAAACACUGAGGCAUGAAAGGUAGACCUCCAGUGAUCAGUUCGCCUGGCUCACCGGCCAGGCAGAGGUACACAGAGGAGUCUCAGCCCACUGAAACCCUACAGCGUGUUCAUCUGUGACCUGCCCCUUAAAACGUGGCUACAAAACCACAAAACAAAGCAUGGCGACAGACGCUUACGGAACCCACACAGACACAAGCAGGGGAGUCCAGUACCUUCUCUGCAGUAACUCUCUUCUUGUGAAGUGAGAGAGGGCCGUAUGCACCAUCCUGAUCCUGAGGCCUAUGGAGCACUAAGAACGGCAUUGCCCAGAGGACCGUGCACCGAGUGACACCAGCGUGGACCAAUGAAGGUCCAAGAGACGGGCGUUUCCGUGUGUGCCAUCACGUCGGGGCAGGACUUCCGGGGUCCUUCUGGCAGUUGUUUUGGCAGCUCUGGGGUCGGUUUCCUGUUUGGAGGUUCCAGAGCACAGGGUCAGGACGAGGUGACGACUGGGGAGUCACGAGAGGAGGCAUCCCCGCGGCAUUGCACUGCUCCCGGCCCUGCUCUUCCCACAGAGUCCGAUGGCGGCCGCACCCAGGGACCCAGCUCAGGGUAGUGUGACCUUUGAAGACGUGGUUGUAUACUUUUCCUGGGAAGAGUGGGGUCUCCUUGAUGAGACUCAGAGAUGCCUGUACCAUGAUGUGAUGCUGGAGAACUUUGCACUUGUGAUCUCACUGGGUUGUUGGUACGGAAUGGAGAAUGAGGAGAAGAUGGCACUGGGAAAGACUCCAAGUCCAGAUUCAUCUGUUUGGAAAGCUCAGCCCUGUGAGAAAUGUGUCUUGCUUGGGAGAGACAUUUUGUAUGUGGCUGAGGACCAAGGAUCACAUCCUGGGCAGAAAUCCUACACCUGCGAGGCAUGUGGGAAACGACUGUGGUUCAGUGCAGAUCUUCACCAGCACCAGAAACACAAUGAAGAGAAGCCAUUCAGAUGGGACAUGGAGCUUCUGACAAGCUACAAACUGCAUGUGUCAGGGAAGCCUUUCCCCUGUGGGGAAAUUGGGAAGGACUUCCUGGCCAUAUUGAGUCUUCUCCAACAUCAGGCCACUCUCAAAGGAGCCAACCCACACAGCAGCUUGGAACUUGAGGAGUCCUUUCAAGGUAGAGAAAGUCCUCACAAGUGCAGCGACUAUGGCAAAGCAUUCAGCUAUGAAUAUAAACUUUUCCAGCAUCAGCACAUUCACACCAGAGAAAGUUAUCAGGACUGGGAUGACUGUGACAAACCUUUUAACCAAAGCUCCACCCUUACUAAUUGCCCGAGAGCUUACCCAGGACCAAGGACUUAUGAGUGUAAUGAAUGUGGGAAAUCCUUUAGCCAAAGCUACAACCUCAUUCAACACCACAGAAUUCACACUGGCGCAAGGCCUUAUAAAUGCAGCGAAUGUGGAAAAGCCUUCAGCUUCAAAUUCAGACUUGUCCAGCACCUGCAGAUUCACACUAGAGUGAGGCCUUAUGCAUGUGGCGAAUGCGGGAAAGCCUUCAGCUACAGCUCUACUCUCAUUAAACAUCAGAGAGUUCACACGAGAGAAAAGCCUUACAAGUGUGGGGAGUGUGGGAAUUCCUUCAGCCAAAGCUCCAACCUCAUUCAACACCAGAAAAUUCACAGCGGAGCCAGGCCUUACAAAUGCAAUGAAUGUGCAAAAUCCUUCAGCUACAAAUGCAAACUUGUUCAGCACCUGCGCAUUCACACGGGAGAAAGGCCUUACGAAUGCGGUGAAUGUGGGAAAUCUUUUAGCCACAGGUCCACUCUCAAUCAACACCAGAGAAUUCACACUGGAGCCAGACCUUAUAAGUGCAAUGAGUGUGACAAAUCCUUUAGCCAGAAGUCCAACCUCAUCCAGCACCGCAGAGUCCACACAGGAGAAAAGCCUUACGAGUGUGGGGAGUGUGGGAAAUCCUUCAGCCAAAGCUCCCACAUCAUUCAACACCGAAAACUGCACACCAGAUGACCUCAUGAAUGCAAUGGGAAAGCCUUCCUCUAUAAGGUCUAACACAUUCGUCAGCUAGACUCACUAGGAGGGAACCAGCUCUUAGGAUAUUAAUUAAACAUCACACAGGGCAUCACACAGGGGUAGAGUCCCCAAAGCCUUCUCUCUCUUGACCAUUAUGAAUGAUGGGGGAGGUUACACAGCCCUUCUUCCUCAUGAGGGUUCUGACCCCAUUUUGAUGAAGCUUAGGGGGGGGUUUCAAAGUACUAUUUACCUUCCCAAGCCUCCUAAGAGUGCCCCGAGAAACAGUGUAUUUUCUCUGUCUCUCCACAUACUGUGGGGCACUAGGGGGCAGAAAAGUUGUUCCCAAGUACUGCAAAGGAAUCAUGUGCCUUCAUGUGGGCUUAUAUAUAACAUGACAUGGUGGGGGGCCAGGUGACUUGUACAGAAAUAGGACUGUAGGAAUUAGUACACCUACAGGAACUUGCAUCCACUUGCAGUGACUGUGCCUGUGGGUUCAGUUUAUAAACACUCCAACGUAAAGUUUCACAGUCCAGAAAAUGGCGACAUGAUGCUGUCACCCAGAUCAAAAUUAUGUUGUCUCAGUGAUGCAGGGUGAUGGACCCUUGGUGCAAAAAAAGUGGGGGGACCCAAGACCUCUAUUUGAUUUUUUUAAUAAAGCUUUAUUGAGAUUAAUGAACAGGCUGUAAAAACUGCACCUAAGUAUAACCGAACCACAGAUGGUAAUAAAUCUAUGUAUAAAAGUUAUUUUUUGCACUUCAUGGGAGGGAAAUACUUGCUUUUAUUGCUAAAGGCUAAAAAUUGCACUCUAUGAUAUGCCAUGAUUUUUGCUCACCCUACCCUAAAACGGUAUUAUGGUAUUAUCUAUAUGCUGCUGACCACAAAUAAAACUUCAAACGUGUUAAUAUAAAAUGAGAA